GGUUAGGCGGCAUGUUUGUUCUCGCUGCUUUCCUGCCUUGGUUGUUUUCUUCUCAUCAUCACCACCACACCACACCACCUUCCCUCCCGCUUCUCAGCUCGAGCCAUCCCCUCGGUUCACAGUUUGGCAGUGCCAAAACUGUCGUAAGCCCGGGCGCCUGUCCACCCCAGUCACUCCUUUUCAGUUGCGCAACCAGCGUCACGCUUGUGCAUGCGCUUCGCUCAUCCAGGCUGUUUUGGUACCGCGCAUUGAGGACGUUCAUUUGUGGUUGACAGUUGCACCUGUCCUUUCCCCCAGACGAGUUGAUUCCCGACCGACACGGCAAUUGAGUAGCCCCGAUUUCGCGUGGGCUUUAUUGCAUCCCAGCAGCUACCAUCACCAACUUUCCUGGAGCUGCUUUUACUUCAAACCUCGAGGUAUCUGCGAUUGGGACUUCCGCCGCGCGAUCGAUUUCUCUGGGUCCGGCUCCGUUGCGCUCGAAACCAUCCCUUCGUCGCUAGUUUGCGCCCACCUUCAGGCACCCGGUCAACCUGACUCGGAUUAAUCACUCCGCCCUCAUCUCACUCUCUGGUCCCGGAGCUCCCCGCUGGCAUCUCGUCAUCUAAUCUCAAAUCUGGGGAGCAAAGCUGCAAAAGAGGCAACAUGCCUCCAAAAUCUGCCAAGAAGCAACCUCUGACGUUUGCCCAAUUGGCGGCCUACGAUGACAUACUGACAGAUGCGCUGGUCGACCACACGUUCUACUGGACGACGAUUCCAAAGAACCGACCAUCGUAUCAUGCCUCCCGCGGAGUCAAGCAAGAUGAAGUCACCAAGAUAGUGAAGGACCAUGUAAUUCUCCAGCCAAACGUCAAGCUGGCCGAGGAGAAGAUGCUGGCCACGGACGGGCUAAAACGGUUCUGCAAUGGACUUAAAACGCCCAAGGAAAAGGACGACUUUCGCGCGCACCUACGCCGUUACCUUUCCAUCUACCUACCCGAUUGCCCUUUCGAGGUUAACUCGACCAACCGAUACACCAUCUUCACGCACGAGGCCAGUGUCACCGCGCGACGCCCGAUCAGGAAGAACGAGAUUAUUAAGGCCUUGUGCGGAAUUCAAGUCGUAAUCUCGCCUGCGGAGGAAGCCGAAAUCGCCAAGCGCAAGAAGGACUUCUCGAUUGUGAUUAGCUCGCGUAGCAAAAGCACGAGCCUGUUCAUGGGCCCUGCACGCUUCGCGAACCACGACUGCGGUGCCAACGCCAGGCUGAAGACGGCUGACCAGUCCAUCAUGGAGGUCCAGGCGCUUCGAAACAUCGAAGUGGGCGAAGAAAUAACGGUCACGUACGGCGAUAAUUACUUUGGAGAGGAUAAUUGCGAAUGUCUGUGCAGGACGUGCGAACUCGGCAGGGUGAAUGGUUGGGCAGGUGACGAGGGCGAUGGAAAUGGCGGCUUUGAGAAGAGCAUCGAGGAGGAUCAGGGCACUCCCGCAGGGUAUUCACUACGGCGGAGAAGGCGCGACGGCAGCACCAGCCGCGCAAUGUCUAGGGAUUCAUCAGUCACGCCCGACCUGCGACCGCGAAUUCGGAAGACACGGUCCAAGGCGCAGCUGAAUACCUCGGACAGGGCUUCCACCGUUGACUCGGAGGCGUCUGGGAACCAGACUGCGAAACGGAAACGCGAACUGGAUACACUGGCCAGUCCACCAUUCACGCCGGCGAAGAGACAAAAGAUCGCGAGCGGGCUUUCCGAGAUGAUGACGGCAGAUUUGCUACCUCCUGCGAGCAUGAGCACUCCCCCGGAGAGCUCAGUCGGACAGCUCAGCAGACAGUCAUCCGUGUUCGAGAGAGGAACGUCGGAACAACUUGUUGAAUCAUCCGACGUCACAACACCAGAGCAUGACAGCUCCGAAUCGAGCACACCCCCUCCAAAGUCAGAUGUGGACGAGGAUGGUUCGCAGCCAGUGGCCCCGGCAUUGGCGGCAACUAGAGAUGGUAGCCAAGGGCUUAUACAAAAACCUUCGUUGAAGGGUAUCUCUUGUGCAGGAACCAGCACGACUACUCUAAGCUCAUCGCGGGCAGUGGAGCUUUAUUCACCGUCGGAUGUGAUGCUCAUGCCACAAUCGAGACCCAGCACUCGAGAAAAAUUAACUAGGUCGCAGGUUGCCGACGAAUCUGCCGACGCGACCGUUGUAAAGGCUGAGGUGUCUGAAACAAGUACCAUCACGGUCGUCAACAGUGUCGAAGGCGAUUCUACCUCGGUCAUUGCUGGUGAGGUAGCACGAAUUUCGGGUAAGAUUGCCUCGUCUUCCGAGACAGACACCAAAUCAGAGUCCUCCACCGCAAGUCCAUGCGAUACGACUUUGGACAGCGGGGCAAUUUCCAGGUCCAAGAAGGCUAGGCAAGACGACAAAGACGAACCUUCUCAACGAGGGCAAAGCAAGAAACGUAUGCCGGGCGACUACACACUGACACCUGUCCUUCUGUCGGAGCCAAUGACGGCUUGGGUGCACUGCUCCAACUGCGCGACGGCUUUUGUGCAGCGCGAUGCGUAUUACACGCGGGCAAACUGUCCACGCUGCGAACGCCACAGUAUUUUGUACGGUUACGUGUGGCCCAAGACGGAACCCGAGGGGUCUGACGAUGACGAGGAGCGCGUUCUCGACCACCGAACAGUCCAUCGUUUCUUGGACCCCGAGGACGAAGCCAAGGUGCGGGGGAGAAAGCUUAGUGCGUGGCUUGUCAACAAGAAGCUCGCCGAAGCCAAAGCGGCCGAGGUUGCUGAGGCGGCAAAGAACAAGAAGAAGCAGCCGUCAAAGGUUGUCAAGAAGGUGGCGUCAAAGACGACAAUUACAGCUGCGACAAAGGUCAAGAAGGCGGCAUCAACGGCUUCUGUGUUUGGCAGGGUCACCAAGGCGGGUUCUGGCGUUUCUGAAGGCCUCAAGACCAGCAAGACGAGUCCUGUAACUCUAUCAAAGAAGUCGGCCAAUUCAGAGGUCGACCAUGGAGAGGCUGUUGGCGAUUCCAUCACAUCAUCGGCCUCAUCCGCAGCGGACAGCGCCGACUGUACGACUCAGAUGGCUAUAGCGCAACAGCUCGGGGCAUACGUCGACACUAAGUUUGGCCUUGAUGACGAAGGAAUGUCUGAUCAGGGAGAUGUUGAUCAUUGUGCUAAGGGCAAGAUCGACGAGCGCAAGCAGUCUUCAGUUCUUCAGCAGAGGCGACUAUCGUUGGAUUCUGCUGGCAACAGGCGGCGCAGCGGCCGGGCUUGUAAGGCUUCAGCCAAGGCCACUGCUGCUGCUGCAUUAGCUACUGUCGGGUCUGAUUGAGGGAGAGUUUUCUUGGGGUGCCCUCCUGGUUGUUGGUAAUGGUUUGGGGAAUAAAUUCAUCCAUAUGGCUGUGUAUACUAGCGUUAGCGUUUUGAUCUUUGAGUGGUUUUAUAGCUGGUUUCAUCACAGCAUAAUUUUUCUUCAAGUGGCCUGUCGGAAGGAUGGGUUUCGUAUCAGAGUGAUAUUGGAUGGACGGACGGACUGGUGGAAUCUGAGGUGAAGACGUGAUGGGUGGCUAAUGUGACGCUGCGUCUUUAGUGGAUUAGAUUUGCUGCAUCAUCACGGGCUGAGAAUACCAUGGGAGUGGAAUUGUUUACCACCUCUAGGAACGUCACAAUGAUAACAAGACUCAAUUUUUGGAAUCCAAUCAAAUCUCCCGC